ACACGAAAGAUGCAUUGUUUGCAUAUUGCAAGCUGAUCGCAAACCUCAAAUCGACCAUGUCCGAAAUGCCAACCCCAGCAUGUUUCGACAGAGAGACACAUUUUAACAGCGAAUUCCCAAGCAUACCCCCUGGUCCAAGAGUAUUCCAACAUAAACUCAUAUUUAGCUAGCAAGGAUAGACCUACGCAAUUGGCUUUUUGUGGAAGAAAAUGGAUAGACCACGUCGUUUUUGUUGAAUGUUAUCGUGGCGCGCGGGCGAUUCUAUAACGCGAUGCCUGUAUUAGUUUCCUAUUUUGAAUAUUGUAGACAAUAUGAAUAAAGCUGUGGUCGAAAAAUACAGCUAGUCGCUUAGCACAAGCUAGCCCUAGCUGUCUGGAUUUGCUGUAAAUCGUUUGCCAGGUCUCUUAACCUUCAGAAGAGAGUGGAAAAAAUGCACAGUUUACGAAAAUUUGACAUGGAUGAUGAAGACGGCAGGUGCUUGCUAGAUGUAAUUUGUGACCCUCAAGCACUCAAUGAUUUCCUCCAUGGAUCUGAAACACAUCUGGACACUGACGACCUGUUGGAUGGCUCGAGUGACCCGUCCAGCUCGUUCUUCUCCAGCGCUGGGGGCCAUGUUUCCGAAGUCCCGGCCCCCGCUCAGAUAUCGGCCAGCGAGCCGUCAGGGCUGCCCAGAGUCAGCGUGGACCUUGACUUCCUGGAGGACGACAUAUUGGGGGGAUCACCCGGGGGCGCCGGCGGCGAUGACGGGAGCAACGGCGUCGGCUCCAACCACGAGCCGUGCGACAUCCUCCAGCAGAGUUUGGCCGAAGCCAACAUCACAGAGCAGAGCCUGCAGGAGGCCGAGGCUGAGCUGGAUCUCAGCUCCUUUGGGCUGCCGGGCCUCACGCAAGUGGUCCAGCCCCUGGCCGACCCUGGCCUGCCUGGUGCCGGGGGCGCAGCCGUCGGUGUAGGUAUCGGGGUUGGGGUCGGCGGGGCCGCCCAGAUUUUCUCCGGCCCUGCCUCGGGCUCCACGGCCGGACCCGCCAACGCCACGUCCGACAUGCUUGGGUCCGUGCUAGCAGCCCACCCGGGCAUCCAGAUCCAGCCGCAAGUAAUGAACAAGGCAAUCAGUGUACAGCCUUUCAUGCCACAAGUAGGCCUUGGAAACGUGACCCUUCAGUCCAUCUCUGGCCUUCAGGCUCUUCCCAAUGGGAAUCAGUCGGGCCAUCUGGGCUUAGGACCGAUUCAAGUGGUCGGCCAGCCCACUGUAAUGACUAUUAACCAGUCUGGGCAGCAGAUCUUGACGAAAGCCAUGGGGGGCUACCAGCUGCACCAGUCUGGACAGGAAGGGGCGGGCGCCGGCGCUCAACCGGGCCUCGGGGGCUCAGUUCUGAGUUCUGGGGGCGGACUGUUGAUUCAGGGAGGUAAGGCUAACAUCGGGCCGUCGGCGUUGAACGGGCCAACCGUUGGUGUGAGUAGCGCAACCACCAACAGCAGCGCCAAUACCAUGAUGACUGCACAGAGCGGACUGGUGGGCUUCGGAGCCCAGGCCCCCGGCCAACCCCCAGGACAGAUCAUGCAAAACGUCAUCAUACAGAGGACACCAACGCCCAUACAGCCCAAGCCCACACAGGGCAGCAUCCAACCCAAACUGUUAAGGCAGCAGCAGCAGCAGCAACAGCAGCAUUCUGUCCCCCACGCGUUACAAAACGACGCCGGCAAAGCCGUGGGCGUGCAGCCCGUGCCUGUGUCGGCGCCUCAGAACGUGACCUUUUUGACGAACAAACACGGGUCGAACGUGGUCCUGAGCGCUCAGGCAGCGGCGGCUGCGGCGGCACAGGGCGGGCAGUUUCCACAAGCCCUCUUCAAGCAGCAAGGGCCUCAAGCGUCGGGCAAACCCCUCAGUGUCCAACUCCUCAACCAGUCUGGUAGCAUCGUCAUUCCUUCGCAGACCGUCCUCCAGGGGCAGAAUCACCAGUUCCUUCUGCCUCAGCUGCAGGCAGGCGGGCAGAUCCUGACCCAGCACCCUGGAGGAAUCAUCACGAGUCAGGGGCCCGGAGGCCAGAUCAUCACCAACCAGAUCCUGACCAACCAGAACAUCAACCUGGGCCAGGUCUUGGCGUCGCAGGGUCACCCGGGGGCCCACAUACUGUCGGGCCCCAUCCAGCUCCAGCCCGGUCAGAUGGGCCACCCAGCACUCUUCCAGAUGCCCGUGACGCUGGCACAGACCCAAACCCAAGCACACCCCAUCACGGGGCACGCCCAGACAGUCAUCCAUCCCAUCCAGAACUCGUUGGCCAUGCUGAGCCAAGUGGAUGGAGUGAACCCGGCGGUCAGCCUGCAGUCGACCCUACAACAACAACAGCAGCAGCAGCAGCAGCAAGGCAGUGCCGUUGCCGCCGCCAGUGGAGCGGUGGCGAUGGCUCCUGGUCAGCCAGGGGAGAGCGUGACUGUGCUGGGUAGCACGGCAGACCAAGGUACCCACCCCACGCCUGGGCAGCAGCCCUCGAUCCUGGCCGUGCAGACCGCUCUGCCAGCCUCCUCCUCCUCCUCCUCCUCUGUGGUGCCCUCCUCAUCUCCGUCCCUCAGUGUGGUCACGUCGUCAGCACCCGUGGCCACCGUUCCGCUGACGGCUCCGUCGGCGCAGCACAGCCCGGGGAAGGUGCUGCUGACGGGGCCGCAAGGCUCUGGCAUGAUCCUCAACCCGGAGUCCCUCAUGUUCCUGCAACAGGACCAGCAGCAGCACCACCACCACCACCGUCAGCAGACAGACAAAGAUCCACAUCAUCGUCACCAUCUCCCCUCUGUGGGCGUACCUGCAUCCGUUAUCGUCAGCGGCAGCUUUGCUGGUCUGGCCUCCCAGGCCCCGGCCCCCUCGGGCCCCUUGUUAGCUGAGCCCCUGCCGGGUCAGAGUCCCAGUCCGUCCCCGGGCCCGGCCCCGGCCCGCAUGGCGGCAGCAGCAGCAGCAGCAGCAUCGGUGGUCGCCAAGGUCUCCACAGCGGGGCCGCAGCAGCCACUGAGGAUCCAGACGGCCUCCCCCUCCCAGCACGUAAUCACCACCAGCGCGGUCCACCCACCCAUGGCUGACAGCCCGCAGCCGUCUCAGUCCUCCCCCCUCACCGUCGGCCAGCGCAUCCAGUCCCCCCUCCCCCAGCAGCAGCAGUCACAACCCCAGCCCCCAGGACAGACACAAAUGCCCCCUCGCGCCGGCACCCCCUCGUCGAUGCCCCUCUUCAUCAUCCGCAACCCCAUCGCAGGCUCGCCUCAGCAGUCGCAGCCCAUUCCUCAGAUGCUCCAGCCCCAGCAGCAGCAGCAGCAGCAGCAACAGCCCCAUCCUCCACAGCAGCACCAUCCACAGCAACAGCCCCAGCAGAUCCAGACUCAGAUCCCCAUGCAGCUACAGCCGCAGGCCUCCCGACCUCCGUCCCAGACCGCCCCGGUCAUCCCACCUCCUCUGGAGAUUCCGCAGCCCUCCCACUCCCCUAAGCCGCCAUCUUCGCAGGGUCACCCGUCAGUGGUGGCAGUGCCACCGCCACCAUUCCACUUCGCCCCGCCCCCGCCUGGGGGUCCAGGGGGUCCUGCUGGGGGCGCUGCUUCUGCUGCCGCCGCCGCCCAAGCUGCUGCUGCUGCCGCGAAUGCUGCUGCCAACGCCGCCUCCACUGCGGGCAUCAUGAAGCAGCUGCCCCAGCUGCUGGGCCUGACGCCCGAUCAGCAGCGCAACCUGCAGCUCAUCAGCUCGCAGGUGCAGACGCUGUCGGCCAUCGCGCAGCCCAACGCCCAGCAGAAGCAGCUGUUGGAGAGGCUGCAGCAGGUCCAGCAGAGCCUCAUCCUCCAGGCCAAGCAGCAGCAGGCGCAGCAACAGCAGCAGCAGGCUCAGCAACAGCAGCAGCAGCAGCAGCAGCAGGGGGUUCAGGCCGCGGUGGCGCCCGGCCCCUUCGCCAAGCUGCCAGAAGCACCCAGCACUCAGGUCGUCACGUCAGCCGCCAUGGCCCCCGGCGGCCCGCCUGCACCGUCGGGGCCACCCAUGAUGCAACCCAAGUCAGUGCUGGUGAAGUCGGCGCCACCUAACGCAGUCCUGGGUGAGACGGCAGUAUUUCCUGGGCCGGUUGGAUCUAAUGUUAACCAGGCUAUCACGCCACAGAGCCUUAACCCCCAGGUACAGGCAAAGCAGGGAGUCAUCAGUGCGAUGGGAGGCCUUCAAGUGGGGAAAGGGCCACUGCAGAUCCAGGUCCUCAACACAGGCAUGUCCCAGAUGCCCGCACCCGUGCCCACUGGCCCACUCCCAACCCAGCAGACGUCGUCUAUGAAAAUGCCUUUGUUCAUGGAACCCAGCAAGGAAGCCAGGAUGCUGGAGCAGCUCCGUAAGCAGCAGGGCUCGGUGCUGCAUCCGGACUACAGCGCCCCCUUCCGCUCCUUUGAGGACAGCCUGCACCGCCUCCUGCCCUACCACCUGUACCAGGGCACCGCCUCUUCACAGCACGACUAUCACAAAGUCGACACAGAGUUUGAAAGCGUCUCCACCCAGCUUCUGAAGAGAACGCAGACCAUGCUCGAUAAAUAUCGGCACCUGUUGUUUGAAGAAUCCAAGCAAAGACUGGGUCCUUCGGCAGAGAUGGUGAUGAUCGACCGCAUGUUCAUCCAGGAGGAGAAGGUGGCUCUGAACACGGACAGAAUAUUGGCAAAGGAAAGACCAGACGAGUACGUUGCCAACAACUGCCUGCUGGACAGCGUCACACUCGGUGGACAAAGGCCAGCGGCCGCAGCACCAGAAGCCAGUUCAUCAAUCCGACCGGGUCCACCACCCGCCAGUCACCACGUACCCCCCACUCACCCCACGCCCACUGCCACCCCUGCACACAUCCCUAUCCCCACACCCACCCCAGCCCCAGCCCCAGCCCCUGCCCCGAGCGCCUCUUUGACCCCCACCCCAAUAGCGGCUGCCUCCUCCUCCUCUUCCUCCUCCUCCUCCUCCACCUCCAUCCCCUACCCUCCCACCAAGCUGGUGAUCAAGCAGGGCGGAGGCAGCGCCUCAGUCUCGUGGUCCACCAGCUCCGGCCCCGCCGCGUCAGCUCCAGCACUUCGGGUGGCUGCAGACUCAUCCGCCCCUCCCCCCUCGAUUUCCGCCACCUCCUCUUCUUCUUCUUCCCUCGCUUCUUCUUCCUCCUCCUCUUCCUCUUUCACUCGCACUCCGUCCAGCGUGUCCCGACCGGGUCAUCAUCAUCAUCAGCGGUCGCACCACCACCACAACAACGAUGACGACGACGGCCCCCUGCCCCAGCGGACUAGCAAGCCACCCAUCAAGACCUACGAGGCGCGCCAGCGCAUCGGCCUCAAGCUGAAGAUCAAGCAGGAAGCCGGCCUGACCAAGGUGGUGCACAACACCGCACUGGACCCGGUCCACUCGCAACAACAGCAGCAGCAGCAGCAGCAGCAGCAGCAGCAGCACUCACAACAACCGCCCACCCCCGAGGUGUCGCAGCCGGCACAGUCCCAGUCCCAGCCCCAGCCCAAGUCCCAGUCCCUGUCCCAACCAACGGCUCCUCCAUCAGCGCUCCCCAACCCACCCACAGCCACGGCUUCGUCGGUCAUCAGGACUCCUGCUGCUGCUACUGCACCUCCUCCUUUGACCACCACCUCCUCCUCCACCUCCUCCUCCUCCUCCUCUGCCCCUCCUGCCGCAUCCAUCACCUCCUCGUCCUACAACAGCACAGUCACCACAUCGCACUCGGGCCCGAAGGCGCCUCCCUCUUACCCUUGGUCUUCCUCCUCCUCUUCCUCCUCCACGUCCACCCCCUCCACGGCGCAGAUGAACGGCACGCUGGAGCACCACGAGGCAACGACGACGACGGUGGGCAAAUCCGCCCCCAGCAACAACAACCCCCCCGCCCCCGCCCCUGCCCCUGCCCCUGCGCCCACGCCAGUCUCCACCUCCACCCCCUGCAGGCUCCCGCUGCGCAAGACCUACCGGGAGAAUGUGAGCCCGCGCAUCCGACCCGGCGUUCCCGGCGGCGGCUGCGAGGUGCCCCCUCCCAACCUGCAGCCCAACCCGGCGGCCUCCGCCGUUCACAUGUCCUCCCCGUCGCCUCCCUCGGCCCAGCUGAGGUCCUCCUCCCCCCAGCCCGAGCGCACGGUGAUUGCCAGCGUCAAGCUCCAGGAGCACCAGGGUGGUGGCGGUAGGGCUCCGGAGCGGAGUGGCAAUGCUGGUGGUGUUGGUGGUGUUGGUGGUAAGGGGGGACCUGGCGGUCAGCUCGCCCAGUCAGGGCACUCUCCGCCAGGGUUGGCCGAGGUGGAGGACGUCCUCUACCGCGGCAUCAAGAACACCUACCACCGCCACCACAGGCACCGGCGGCCACACCAGGAGGAGGACAGCGAGGAGACGGACGCCAUGGCGUCAGCGGACAGGGACGGGGAGAGGGACGCGACCAUGAUGGGGCCUCGGCACAAACGCUUUGGCGGCAAGAACCGCGAGCGGCCCAGCGGAGCGUUUCGAAUGGACCAGCACGCGCCCGGCCCUCCUCCCUCCUCCUCCUCGUCCUCCUCCCUCUCCUGCUCGCCCCCCAGAGACUCCUCCUCGCUCCCCGCCAAGCGCUGCAAGUCGGACUCGCCCGACAUGGACAUGGACAACGCUAGCUUCUCCAGCGGCAGCCCUCCGCCGGACGACGGCCUGAACGAGCACCUGCAGUGUGCCAUAGACAGCAUCCUCAACCUGCAGCAACCUGGCAGCGGGCAUCCGGGGGGCCGAGCAGGCACGGGGCGGCGCCACCAUCACCACCACCCCCACCCACACCAUGUGGCAGCAGGUGGCGCUCACGCGCUACACCACCACCAAACUCACCAACGCACUGUCACCUCUUCUUCUACUUCCUCUUCUUCAUCAUCAUACAGACCUUCUUCUUCUUCGUCAUCGUCAUCGGCGACCUCUGCCUCGGGUCAGCAGGUUGGGGGUCGAGGCCAGAAUGGCAGCCUGGUGACACAGACUCACAACAGAUAACAGCACCCCACCCACCCUCUUACAGACGGGGGAAGACUGUUAACACAAAAACAAACAAACAAACAAAAACAACAACAAACUCUUUUGAUAUCUUGAUGAUCUUUUUUUUUUCUAAGUAAGGGAAAAAAAGAACGGGCAAGCAUCGGUUCAGUUUCUUUUUUUUUUGUUUGGUUAAAAUUUGCAAUUGGGUUGGGGGGGAGGGAGUUAUUACACUGUACAGUGUACACAAUUGUCCACAUAACUGUAUUUCAGAGAUCGAGUUGAAUCCAAGUCCAUUCAUGGAGUAAAAAAAAAAAAAACGGCAGCCUUUUAUUUGUAAGUCUGGUUACAGUAGAGGAGGUUUGUUAAGCAACACCUCUUCCUAUCACACACCCUCCCACCGCUCGCGCUCAAACAGCACAACGUUGGAAAACCUGUUCACAACAACAUAAAAAAGCUUUGAAAAUAUAUCAAGAGAGGGGGGCGUACAGAGUUGACCCUAACCUGUGUGUCUCGGAUUUUUCCAGCCUAAUUCUCACCACUUUACUGUGGAAAUCAUGAUCAGUGUCGUGUAACAUAAUCACUCUACUUGUCAAUGGAUGAAUGUAAUAUGAAUUAUUUUAUUUUUUUGUGUGUCUCAAGCCGUCUCCAGAGUCCAGAGAUGCAAUUGUGUAAAAGGUUACAUGAAGAGUUCGGUUGGUAGUCCUCUUGGUCCCUUCUCCAGAUCAUUUGAUGAAUUUCACCGUUUCUUACAGAAGCUUUCCAUCCUCUUGAGAGUUGUGUGAACAAAAUAUGAAGCUUUGGUCUACAGUGAAAAUAUUCUUCUUCAGAAUUGUUCAGUCUUGAGUUUCAGUCCACUCUGUUCUGCUCAGUGGGGUUUUUCACGUGUGACCGUUGCACCAUUUACUCUGAAAAAUACACUUUUUAACUUGAAACCAUUCCAAAUUAAUUCACAGAAAAGAAAGGACCAAUGCUCACAGUAACUAGGGCAGCUGCUCAAAAGUUGAGAGGCGUGAAAGGAACUUUGAAACAUAAACCAUGUCUUUCAAACAUAAGUAUGCCACUGCAUCCAGAUGAGACAAGUGAAGAAUACUAAAAUGGUUGGUCGUCCAAGGUCGUCAGUACAAAACAAACUGUAUCUGCAAACUGUUUUUCUAAUACGUUACUUUUUUUUGAACGGAGGGUGGGAGGUUCAAUAUCGCUGUGAGCAUUGACAAGGCCAUUUUGCUAAAGCCCCGAUGUUGCCCUUACAAAAGUAAUAAUUCUGUCUUUGUUUCCGGAUGGUUGAUGUUCAAACAGUUUAUAGACAUGGCAGAAACAAUGAUGUGGGAAGAACAAUAAUAAUGUAAAAAAAUAAAAGUGUAAGAAUUUGAAGUAUAGUACUACAGAUUAAUUUUGUAUUGUAUUUAUUGUGUAUAAUGAUGCUUUUUUAAAGAAAAGGAACUGUACAUUUAGUAAAACUGUAAAUUAAACCUGGCUUUUAUGAAAGAUA